GAGAAAAUAGUACCGAGAGCAUCGUUUCGUGGUCGAAGCAUUAUUCGUGGCGUGUUUCGUCGAAAUUUUGGUGAGUAUAGUCUACCAUGGCAGUAUAUAGUGUUUAACUACGGUUAGUAACAAACAUGUGGCACGAAAGAUGCAAAAUUCACAUUGGGCGCUGCCAGAAAGGUGAACCAUAUUUGUUUGGCUUUUGUUGUCAGCAGUCUGUGAUAGCAACCUUCUUACAAAAACGAUCCGUCUAAAAUGUGAGAAGAUGUGAUUUUCGGACAUCCAAGACGUUCAAAUGGCUGUAGAAUUCUGCAAUAUAAUGUUCAAAGGUGAAUUAUGUCGGCCCUCCCUAGACCACGCGUGACUAGCACGGCUUUUGAAGCUGCCAAGCGAUUCGAGCUGGCGAACAUAAUUCUCCAAGAUCUUUGUUUCAUUUUCAUUCUUUUACCUCCGUUUUGACCAAACACAAGAUACAUAAAUUGUAAACCACAUUUUUUUGUUUUGUAUAAACUCGGAGAAGUAGGCUAAACUAGUGGAGGUAAAGAGCAUUUCUUUCAAACCACAGGGCAUCUUCCUCCAGUCGAGUCAUGCCCGAUGGACGGAACCUGCCUCAUAAAACGCAAUAAACGGGAACAAUCAGUUCAAAGAAACGACGGAAUAACUGCUUAAACUGCACUUUUCAGUUUCAAUUUGUUAUUUACUACCCCUUGAAAUGUAAAGUUAAAGGAGCAGACGUAAAAUCAUAAGCUUAGGUCGGGUGAAAUUCGCCUACACCGAUUUAGUUUCGCGUCUUUCUCUUUCGUAAUGUGUGGUGAAGCCAGGACGUUCGUGUGUUUGUAUAGGUUUUAUUUCAUUACUGUGUUGUUCGUUUGUAGUUUCUUCGUAACUUAAAAGCUAUUAAACGUUGUUUAAAGCAUUUUGUAUGAAAUCUUCUUGAGAAAUAUUGGUGGCUGGGAAACUAAACUCUAGAAAUUGUGGCUUCGUAAUUCGCGUCAUAUUCGACCCGUUAAGGGAGCACGAAAUUAUUAAUGUUGGACAAACAUGGCGACCAUUUGAAGUCGGUCUGCGUAAAAACUGUCAAUGUUAUUUCUGCUAAGGUAUUUUUUUAGUGGCCUAAAACUCUUGCUAUGCCUGUAUUUAGGACGCUUGCCUUUGUUGCUUAAAAGCGACUUGAACGACAUAUCAUUUCCACGAAAAAUUUUCUAGCUCACUGGUCUCAGUGAACUUCGUGAUAUUCUGUGUUAGGCGAAAAGUGAAAUCAUCAGAGUUUUAGCUUUUAGUUUGAUCUUCUAAUGAAUGUGUAGUUUCGUUGUUGCUUUCCCCUCAAUUACUUCCAAGUAUUCUGUUUUGACGAGAAAUUGUACAAUUCUGAAAUCUCUUGUGAAUAGACUCACGCAAUAAACAGCUAUAUUACAAAAUUCUACGAAUAAUUUCUCUUUCUCUCUCUCUCUCCCUGGCAGAUCGAACCUUUCAACCUUUUAAUGCCAAAAUAUUUCUUUGAGCGAAUAGCUGUUACAUAAUAUUUCUUUCUACCCUGUUUUCCUAUUUUCUGUUCAAACCUUUUUGUAUGUAAGAACUUCAACUUUGACCAACGUAAUUUACAUUGCAUAUAUAAAUACAUUUCUUGAACUUUCUUGUCGAACAUUUCAUUCAAAAGUAAAAUAAUUUAUUUUGAUUGCUUCCGAAAAUACAAGUGCGUAGGUAUUUUCAGGCUAAAGUAAUUUUUGUUCACUGUAGGAAAUUGUUCUUUCGUUACAAAGUCUUUUGCACUGUGAACGAGUAGUUAAGUAUCAAUCGCGUUUAUGCCAAGCGUUGUAUAAUCUUGUCAGGAAAGCUUCACUUUCAUGAAAGUGGGAUAAAACCAUUUGCUGUGGAAAACUUAAAUAUGGUUAGAUUUGUCAAAAACUCUGAACUGGAGGAACAUUGCAAUGCCUAAAGUAUACAAAAAAAUGUUUACCAUGAGGAGAUGAGACCCAAGUGCUUUCUUGUUAAUUGUUCGCACAACAGUUGUAUAAUCAGUCAGUGACUGUUUCAUAACAACAAAGAAUGCCAAAGCAUACUCUGAGGAUGUGCGUUGACAAGCUGCAUGCUUUCUUUCUUCCCUCAGUGAGGACAUAAGAUAAUGAAACAGCAGUGUUUAUGUUGCCACAUUUUGUUAAGAGAUUUUUCAGAAAAUGAGUCUGCAUAGUUUAAGUUUUAUGUAAGUGCCCUGAAGUGACUGGAAUGCUAGAGGGCUCCUCUAGAGCAUUUUGAACAAACAAAUGUUCUUAUCUACAUUGUAUAAAUCUAGAAAGUCUCAUUGGUCUGGUUGUAUACUCUUUAUUGUAAAGCGUUUUUCUGCCAGUAUCAACAAUAAAAUAUCAGCAUGUCAUGUCUUUUAGAAACUCAAGCAGUCUUAACCCGGUUGCAAUUUUUUACUUUUAUUGGAUGUUGGGCUGUGCAUAAUUACUGAGUACAGACAAAACACCUUAUGGUGGCUACCAAACACUAUUAAUCAAGAAACUACUGUAAGUCUCUUAGAUGUUUAACUGGGAGGAUCACAUUAAUUUUACUGUCUUCAGUAGUUACUUUUGUAGAUCUCGGAGGGAAAUUGACUAAACAAAGUAACCAUCUUGCACUUAACGUACAAUUGAAGUAUGUAAAAACAAAAUGCACAGCAGUGCAUAAAGAGUAUUUACCAUUUUUUGCACACCAAGUGGUUAACAGAUUAAGGUGCAGAGCCCAAAAUAUCAGAUCUGAUACAUGUUCAUUUUUAGCAUUUCCCUGGCACGGAGGCAAGAACUUAAAACCAACAAACACUGACAAGUUAUGCCAGUUGCUCACAAGAUUGAUAAACUCCUCUAGCUGUGGACAUAACUAAAUUUUUUAGCAGUGGUCAGUUUUUCUUAUUCUUACAUAUACAUCUACUGUACAUAAAAGUACUGUAUGCCAGGGCUACGGUGUUUGAUGUAGUAUUUUGGUCCUUGCACCAUGAUUUAUUUCCUGUUACCUCUUUAACAAGAGUACAGAAUGUACCAGAAUUAAAUUGCAAGAAAGGAUGCCAAGUGACAAAGAAUUAUUAUCACAAGAGGGUCACUUUAAUCCCCAAAAAGCUUCAGACACAUACAUAAGUUCACUGUUUUAAAACUGCUAAGUAUGGAAUUUCGCAUGUUCAUUAUUCAGUGGGUGAAAGAGUCUCUUACUGCUUUCUUCCUCUUACAAUUUUAGUUACAGCUUUAGUUUGUAGUUUUUGAAUUUUUGUGGCUCUUUUCCCCUAUGAGUACUUGUCUUUUCUGUGCAAUUCCCUGUUGUCAAUAUGAUUAAUGUGCCUAAGGGCAAGGUUAAUGCAACACUUUCAUUUUUCCAAUGUUACAACCAUGUACAUCUGUAUUUAUUGUUGUGUGAUGCUAUUCUGAAAACUGAUAAGACUUUUUUGUUGUUGUUGACAAAAGUGUUAUGGAAAGAGGCUCUGACGAUACACAACAACCAUCUUUGUGUCGUAUGGGAUGUGGUUUUUACGGCAGUUCCUCGAGUGAUGGUAUGUGUUCCAAGUGUUUUAAAGAUGCUUUACGGCGAAAGCAGUCCUCACCAACCACCAGUCCUGCAUCCAUGGUGUCAAGUCCGUCAACAGGUUAGCAUUUUUUGGAUUGGCUUUAAAUAAGUUAGUCAUUAAUAUUCUUUCAUUCAUUAAUUUGGUAAUGAAUAACAGUAGAGGAAGCUAAUGCUUACAGUGUAGUAAUCAGCAUUCAUCCGCUUGCUUGAAAGUCAAAUCCACUUUUUUCACUGGUUGUGACCAUAAUGUAGAAAAGUACCAUGGGAAUAAAUAUAAUGUACAUGUAGGAUUACACUGUAUUUACAAAAAGAGUUCUUCAAACACAGCCAAAAAAGUUCAGUAUUGUGGCUGUCUGACAAUCAUCUUGUUCAAAACUGAAAAAUGUCGAAGGUGUUAUUACCCUCUUUUUAAUUUAUUUAACACAGGUCUAAAAAAUGAAUUUCUUCAUUGCUUUAGAAUUUUCAGACAGAAACUUGAAGUUUGAACCACAGUGUAGAGUAUGAUAGUUACAGCUAUACCUCUCAAGGGCCUGACACAUUCUUAAAAUAAGUUAACAUGAAUUCUGUCAAAAUGAAUUAACAUUUUAGAUAUUGAUGAUUCUACAUAGGUUGUCACUACAUUAAAAAUGGAAGGUUCAAGUGAUUUGGCAUUUUAUUGUCAAUGGCUUAUAUUUCUAUGAAAUUAUUCUAACAGGAGGUGGUAUUUUUGCAAUUAUGUUUACCAAGCCUUAGGAUUUUACUGUAAUGAAAGUUCCUGGUAUGAUGCUGUUACCGUGGUCUUAAAAUAACAGAAUCAAAAAAUGGUUUCCCAGUGAUAAUUAUUUUUAGCCUUAGGGAUCAAUUUACAGUAAUACACUAUUUUUUCACUCAGAUUCUUGACUAGUAGAGUAAUUCUUUAGUUUUGACUUGGCUGACACUGUAUAUACGAAACUAAAAGGUUUAGCACCUAUCAGUUUUCUAUUGUCUGCCAUAUUGAAUCGUUCCCAAAGUACAUUGUAUUUAUGAUUUGAAAAGUUGAAAACAUCUAGGAGUUGGGUUUCCUAGAAUUUUCAUGGAGCAAAAAAAUUUUUUGCAGAUAGUUCACACGAUCUCUGGAUGCGGAACCAAAAAAUUGUUUUCCAUGGGAUUUGAAAUCCUAGGGCUUGGUUUUAUAGCAUAACUUUCCAUUAAUGUAGUCGUCAUAACAGCAAUACAGUGUUAAGCAAAUGCAGUGCAGCAGCAACUGGUAUAUCAGUACUGGACCCACUACUGCCUGUGAACUGUACACUGUAUUGUAGGAAAGAGCAAUAUUGUUUUUAAUUAAAGAACAUACCCCUGGAAGUGGCAAUUUUGAAGAGCGACAUUUUAUGUACUAGAUAAUUUUACAGGUUUUGCUUAAAAUGAAACAUUUGUUACACUUGUUGUUUAGAAUAAUGCUAUUAAUUUUAAUGAGAUACCUGGUUAGUAUCGCAUGAGGGGUUAUCUUUAACAUUGCCUAAAGUCAAAACAACUACACAUGGGCUGAAGUCUACUUGCUGCAUUGCUGCCAAGAUAUGGAACUUUUUGCCAAAUCAUGUGCUAUUGGCAGAAAACUUUUUAUCACACUGUUGCUAGAACCCAAGUUUAACUACCUUGCUAGUACUUUCAAACACAUUAGUAACAAUUAUGUACAAGAUUCAUAUCUUAAGUAUGUCAAGGCUGUGCUCUAAGUGAAAUUGAAGGGAGCCCGGUGCUCUGAACCUGUGAAAUCCAGUGUUCCUAGGAGCCCACAGGCAAAAGUAAGGUGCCAGGGGCAAGUGAGAGCUGCAAGAGCACGGCUCUGUAUGUUUUACUGUACUUGUACAUUUUGGUUUUGUCAUUUUAUGUUGUGUCAUGGCUGUGAAAAUACAUGCAUUUUAGCUCAGCCUUUUGAGCUUGGCAAAUUCAUCAUGUUCGUUUUCGUUUUUUUACUUUAUUUAUUAUAACUGUAUUAUUUUAUCUGUAUCAUUGUAGGGUUAUCUGAAGAACCAUGUAGUUCUCACCUGCCUGCAAGUGAGGAUAUAGCUGGAGCUGCCGAAGUCAGUCCUUCUUCAUCAACCAGCAGUGUGUCAGGGGAUAGUGACAGUUUAAGGCAACCUGAGGCUGAAGCUGAGGCUGGAACAUCAGCCGAAACAAAGGAUAAAGCUAAAUCCAAAAGAAAUAGAUGUUUUAUGUGUCGUAAAAAAGUAGGAUUAACUGGUAAGUACCACAUGUCUGUAAUGAAAACAUGCAAGGCAAAGGCAGCGUGCGAUGAGAAUAUAAACAGUAAUUUGAUUGUGAAGUUUGAGUGACCAGCAGCUGCACGAGGUGCUGUUGUCAUUACCUAUACUAGUAUGUCUUACAUGUUACUAAUAAUAAUAGUAAUAUAGUAAUAGUUUAUUGAUAUCCCUCUCGCAGCCUAAAGGCUGAAUAACAAGGAAGGUCCUGAAGUGACAAUAACAGAAGACAAUACAAUACAAAAACAAUCAAAUAGCUAAUUAAGUAACUAUGAUUAAAAGCACAACAUAACAGAGAAAAAAUAACAGAGCACAGGAUUACAACUGGUUUUGAAACUUAAUGGUGCAGAAAUCUGCGAACCGCUUUGUCUUGGGGACAAGGCGCACCGGAACACGUUUGCCUGAACGGAGGCAGUAUGGCCUGUCAAUUGACGCACAAGUAAUUAGUGGCUUGAGUACCGGAGACGACAGGCAGUCAUGCUUGAUAAAAUUUAUGUAAGCUUCCUCCCUUCUCUGGGAAAGGGCAGUGAUGCCAGAUUGAAUUAGGGCGUCAUCAUAGUGACAAUUCGGUAAAACCAUGCUUAGGGCCCCAGGGUUUGAGCCAGGCCGCGCCAUUGCGCCAAUCCCGCACUGCAAUUAGAAUUGUCCCUUUAAAAAACGGCCAAGGGGACAAUUUGUCCCCUUCAAAAUUUAGGGAAAAAACUCGAAAGGAAGCACACACGAAGAGAUUUAUUUCAGUACAGAAAUUGCAAGCUGAAACAGAACGUGGAAAGUAUAUUUUAUCGCACCUUUAAAGUUCAUUCCAAAGUUACGUUUCAGUCACGCUCUACUGCUAUUUUUGACAGAAAUCUAAGACAGGGCUUCUGAUUCUUCGCGCGGUCGCGGAGCCGUGAAAUUCACAAAAACACGAAAAAUACUGCAAAAUUCAGUAGAAAUCUUGUCAAAUAAAUGUCUGUACAACAUAUUUGAAACUUAUUUCAGCUAUAGGGGCUAUUUACUUGCCGUAAACUUGCAAAUUUAUCUUUGAACUUCUUCACUGAAACGUGCAAACAGAUUAUGUUGCAAAAAACUGGGCACUAGCCAUGAUGUUAAAGGCUUUGCCAUUGGUUCAUUUCUGGAGCGUAUUGUGGUUGAAAGAGCAAAUGAUGACCUCUGUUAGAAAAAUGUUAAAAAGGCUGGUCUGAUCAGCGCAAAACCGAUCGAUUUCUAGCGAAAUUUGCCUUGAAAAUAACCACAAAAUCGGCCGGUUUUUACCGAUUGCUUUUUAUGAUGGCUGUAGCAAGCUUCGCUUCUCUCAGUGGCACAUGUUUACCCUAGGUGAAGAUGACCACGUUUUCAAAUGCGAGGAAAUGCUUUUUGGAGUGGCUUCUAAGUCUGAAACCUCACUUAUUUUCAUGAAAUCAAUUUGCAAAAUGAUAGUUCCACGUCAAGAGCUCAAUAUUACGCUGGAAACAAGCUUUUUCAGCAUCUGAAAUAGCCUGCAAGCAAGCUUUCUGGGGCGUUCUGGCAGCAGGGCGGGAAAAGGAAGGAUAGCUUGCAGCUACAUCUCUGGAAUUUGAAUAUCUGUAUCGAAAAAGUGAAAUGCAGAUUGGUGGAGAUGCAUUAGUAAUGAUGUCAUUGUGCUUGGCUCGUGUUUCAGUGUUUGUUUACAUUCACACUUGUUUCUGCUUCACGCUGAUUGGCGGAAAUCUGACGGCUCAGUCAAUGGGGAGCAAGCUCUCCUUCCUUUUCCCACCCCGCCACCAGAGUUGCCUGGACCCCAUACUAAUCCUUAACCUUUUCACCACUCGCUAUUCUGAAGAAAAAGUGUCCAGGGCGCUGGCAGUUUUGAAAAUGGCAAUUUUCCAGAAAUUUGCUAAUAAAGGGAGCUGCUUUCUUUCACUGGAAAACCAGCAGGUAGUGUUACAGACACUUUUUGUUUGUGCUGGAAAACCGCUGCAUAGUGGUGACUUGCUGCUUCUCAAUUGCUACGUGUGUAUGGACAUUUAUUUACACAGUAACAUGAUAAUGAUAAAAAUCUGGAGAAAUUUGUAAUUGUACUCAAGCAACUCUGCUACUUGAAGCUGUAUAAUUCUAUUUCAAAGUUGGCUUGUACAUGUAACCCUCUAAAAAUUGCUGAGCUUGAAAUUUUUUUUAUUAGAUGAUACUUCUAAUUUUUUGCAGGAUUUGAAUGCAGAUGUGGAAAUGUGUACUGUGGGCUUCAUAGAUAUUCAGAUAAACACGACUGCAGCUUUGAUUACAAGGCUGAUGGCAGGGCCAAGAUAUCAAAGGACAAUCCAGUUGUUGUUGGUUCAAAAAUUCAGAAAAUUUAAGAUAAAAGAAGUUAGUCAGGAGUGCUUGGGUAAAACAAUGCUGUCUGGUGUUGAAUGUUUACUGUUCUUGUGUUGUAAUCACUGUAAAUUGCACAGGGCUUGAGUUGUAACUUAGUUGUAGACUUUGUGUAUUUUGUGUGGACCCUGUUAACAGUAGUAAAAGUAAUAGUAUGUCUGUGCAAUUUGCGACUUUUCCCAAGCAUUUCUUUUCAAAUUUGUCGCUUCCAGACUAAUUUUUGAUGAUCUACCAUGUAAUACAGGCUCAAUUCAAUGCAGGUAAUAAAUUAUCUUGAGUCAAAUUAAAAGUUUUAUGUAGGACAGUUUAAAAUUAAUAUACACAAAUAAGUGAUUUCUUGCCUCUGUAGUGGCCACUGAGACCUGUUUUUGUUCUUGGCUUUGUUAACCUUUGCCAGUUACCAAGGAAAAGAGUGUUAAAACAUGAGCACAUUGCUCAUGAUAAAUAAUUGUAUGAAUCCAUUAUCUAAAGCAGACAUAAUUAUUGGAGUUGUAAAUUGGUACAAGUUGCAAACGAAAGAAAAGUCAAGCACAAAGUUUAAAAAGACUGUCACCAAAUUAUGUUUAUACUUUAACUUGAAAAACUCUAUCAUAUCCCAAAUCUCUUUCCCGUAUGUUUUGCCCUGUGGCAUUUGUGACAUUUGCUGUCAAUGAAAUGUAUAUGUAUAAUGCUGCAUCUUGAAGGAACUCAGCAUGGCAAACUCAGAGGUCGUGAUCUGCAAAUGCAAACAAUAGUAAUAAUUAUUAUUGUCUGUAGAUGAAAAACUUAAAUAAUCUUUUUGCCGUUUGGUAGUGUUAGGCAGUGUGCUGUGGUCAAGGUAUUCAUAACUGGUGAAUACCUGCGAAAUACACUGUAGUACAUGUAGUACUGUGAUGUUGGAACUUCCCAGAGUCACUUAGACAUCAAUCCUAUCUUGUCAUUUUGCAGCUGUGAUGCAAUAACAAUAUGUACAUUGUGUACAUUUGUACCUCUUUCCCCCUUCUCACUAAUAACUUCUACUAUUAUUGCUUGUAGAGUGCUUUUAUUAUUAGUAAUGAUCAUUACAAAAUUAGCUAAAAUGUCUCAUGCUUGAACCAAUAUUAUUUUACAGAGCAAGGUAAAACAGGUGUACAUAGCUUGAUCAGACUAAAAUUAAUGCUUGUCUUCAUUCGUGCAGCUUUCUUUUAAAAGCACAGAAGAUUGCUGGUCGUGCAGCAGGCUUUAAAAUACUUGUAUUUCAUCACUUUAUCAAUGUUUAUGGAUAAGCCACUUUUGAAAAUUUGUGACCUUCUUUGGGAAAACGUACACUAACGAUAUUUCGUUAAACGGUUAGACCGUUAGCUGUCCGCUAGUCAUCCGUUAGAUGAUUCAAUGAAAAUCGUUAGAGGCGUUAGGCAAUUCGUUAGCAACUCAUCCGUAGCCGUUAGAGCGUUAGUUGUAUCCGUUAGAGGUGUUAGUCAAUUCGUUAGCAACUCAUGUAUAUCCGUUAGAGCGUUAGUUGUAUCCGUUAGAGCGUUAGUCCAGGAAACUAAAGCGUUAACUGACGAUUCUAUUGCUUUGCUGAUCAAGGCCGCUGCCUUAUGGGCGCCCUGUCGUCAGAGGUUUCUACGAUUAAUUUUAUUCGCCCGCGGGCGACCGAAAUUAUAAACAAGGAGCCCGCAUCGGGCACCUGAAACUAGUGAUUCUUGCCAAACCCGUUUCCCAACGUCCAGUGAACGAACGACACAAUUCCCUACCCGUUCUACGCUUUUGAAACGAAAAAUUAACAUCAAAAUGCUUGGUCGUCGGCUGUAGGCAAAAGAUACCGACGAUAAGAAGUAAACAAACAAGCACACGUCUUGAAAUCCGCUUCUCUGCAGACUUCCGCUAAUUGAUCUCGAAUGAAUUGAAUGGUUGCAGGAAAACCUUCGGUAUAAAAGUCAUGACCUUCUUCCCGUCUUUUUGCCUUUAGAAACGUUGCUGUUGUGUGUAUUUUUAAAUGAAAAGAUGCAAGCAAGCAAGAUCCAUUGUUGGUUAAUUGAAAUUACACAUGAUAUAUGCAAAUUUUUCUUGCAUCUACAACUAUUGAUCAGAUUGUUCCGUUUUCGAUCUCGAUACGAACGGUACACUCAGUUGACUCGGAGAUUUCUUAGAUCAUUUAUUCAGGUUGUAUCUAUGUCCUUCUCCUUUUUUGGUACGUUUUGUGGCAAUUUCUUUUUAAAAGAUAGACUUAGACGAAAUAAAACAACUUUUCGUUCUGCUACACAACAGUUCUUUGUGUCGUCAAAUUUCAACCGAAAUUUGCAUAAAGUUGUUUACGAAACCGAUACGGCAUCUUGUUGAAAAACUUUCAUCAGACAUCGAGGGGCUUGCUUGAUAUAGUUUUUGGAAACAUUACAGUCCCAAGUCAAGAUACGUGUUUGCAAACAGUAGUUCUUGUCAAUACGAUGCAGUAGAAGUUUCAUUCCAGGAGAAAUUGGACGGCCUGUUUUGAAGCGCAGUCGUUUCGAGAGCAAGUCGAUUUCGAUUAUUAUUUUACUCGUUGAUCACAUCACUAGUGAUUUUGAUGCUUUCAAUUUUCAGCCGUUUAUCGAUCGACAGCUGUACUUAAAACUUUCGCUCAAUACAUUGAUAACAACAAGAUGAACUAACCAGCCGUUAAUAGAUUGCUUAAUAGGGAAUAGCGCUCGAUUACUUCCACCAAUUCAACUGUUAGAGCGUUAGAACAAAUCGUUAGAGCGUUAGAACGAACCGUUAGAGCGUUAGAACAAAUCGUUAGAGCGUUUGGACAAAUCGUUAGAACGUCAGAACAAACCGUUAGAACGUUUGGACAAACCGUUAGAACGUUAGAAAAGCCGUUAGCUAUCCGUUAGCUAUCCGUUAGUUUUCUAACGAUAACGAAAUAUCGUUAGUGUACGUUUUCCCAAAGAAGGUCACAUUUGAUAAUGAUAAUUAUACACUUUAUGUCAGAUCCCAAGGGAAACAGUUAGUUUUGUUUCCCCAAGAUUUUUGUCUUGAGAAACAUCAGGACUUGAGGGAAAACAAAACUAACUGGUUUCCUGAGGGACCUUACAUUAAGUGUUUUGUUAUAUUUCUAGACUCUCACUUCAACAGCAACAAAAGAAUAACUGGCCUGCAGACCAAAAUAGUUGACUCGGUACUUAUAACAAGACACAUUUAAUGCUCAAAACCACUGAAUGAAUGAUUUACAAAGUACUUUCCUUAUAUUAUCUGCAUCUGUUUCCUCCACUAGCUGCUGUUUCUUUUCUCGGAUAAUUAAAUUAUUCCUUUUUAGCUUGAGGUUUUGUGUUUGGGUUAUUGUGUUCAUUCAUGAAAAAGAAAACUGGCAGUGUAUUUCCCGUCUUCUUUCACGCCACUUUCCACCAUGCUUUGAUCACAUGCUGCGAUGUAUCCCGAGGGGGGUACAUUGCUUAAUGUCUCAUGAUCAGGAUACAUUUGAUUUUAGUCAAGGCCACGUGACCAAGAAUCAACCAAUGGCAGUCACUGUUUAGUUGAGUGAAAGUCUAGGAAUAUAACAAUACUUGUUGAUGUGUAGGAUCAUCAAGCUAUCAUAUGCUUUGCUUCUGUGGAAAUCAGAGUACAUGUAGUCAACUUACCAUAUCUUUUUCUGUCAUCAUUAUUAUAGAAAUGAUAAUUACUGUUAAGGAAUCCUUCAGUUGAAUUUUUCCCAAACCAAAUUUUUCAAAGUGGCCUUUCGGUAAAAUUCUUAUGUGUAAGGCAGGUCACACAAUUUUAAGAACUGUUCUGUUCUGCACGUUCACCCUAAUUCAAUAGUUUUAGUCUAUGAUAACUUGUCAAAUAUUUCAGUAGUUAUUCAUUCUCCUUACUCUUUCCUGUGUGUAAUAAGUAAGCCAAUAUAGUUUUUUAAAUUUGUGAAAAUUAUAUCAUUUAAGCGAGUUUGUGUUUCACUGUGUCCUUAUUACGUGUAUUUAAUUAUUUUGGAGGAAUAUGUUGUAUAUUCUGUCAUUGAUUGAGGUUGCAAAUUAAUUUCUCUGUGAGUUUUCACUUGUUUUUUGGUAAAUACAUGCAGAUUUGUGAGGGUAAGGAGAACUGUACUGUACAUUUGGGCCAAGUUGUUUGAAAGGAUAAUUGACACUAACCCAGAGGCAGUUGUCUUGACAACUCAUAUACCUUGGUUACAGUUAACCCAGAAGUAAAGCUAAUGGGUCUUGGAACAACUCGGCCUUAAUUUAGUUCUUGCAUGAGAAUGCCUUUGAGUGGGUGGGGUGGGUAAAUAAAGUUAUUAUCACAGAAAUUCAUAUUUUGUACAGUACCUAUUAAAAUAACAUUAACACUGAUAACAAUGAGAGAGUCCGAUUGUAUGUAAAGUAAUGUAUGACCGAAUGAUAACAUAGAAAAGUUCACAGUUUUUUCUCUUCAUUAUGCAGUAUAUAAUAAAACAAGGUUUUGUAAAUUUUUGUUAUGCAUUAAUUUCUGUAUGUUUAGUUACUAGGAAAGAUUAUAGCUUCUUUGCUGAGCGUGUUAUGGGCUGUUGAAACAUGCAAGCUAUUCUCUGUUGUCAAGGGAUGCCAUUAAUAAAUUUUCUCAUUGCUAUAUCAGUAAAAGUGGUUGUGGUUAUUUUAUUGAAAACAGCUGUACACUAUUUUUAACAAGACUAGUUGGUCUAACA